AUGGGCGACAUGGCAAACAACUCUGUUUUAUAUAGUGGAGUUAAAAACUCUUUGAAGGAAGCUAAUCAUGAUGGAGACUUCGGAAUUACGCUCGCAGAACUGCGAGUUCUCAUGGAUCUCAGGUCUACUGAUGCUUUACGAAAAAUACAGGAAAGCUAUGGAGAUGUCUAUGGAAUUUGCACCAGGUUGAAAACAUCUCCCAAUGAAGGUUUAAGUGGAAAUCCUGUAGAUAUAGAAAGAAGAGAAGCAGUGUUCGGAAAGAACUUUAUACCUCCUAAAAAGCCAAAAACCUUUCUUCAAUUAGUAUGGGAAGCAUUACAAGAUGUCACUUUAAUUAUAUUAGAAAUUGCAGCCAUAGUAUCACUGGGCCUUUCUUUUUAUCGACCUCCAGGAGGGGAUAAUAAACUUUGUGGACAACCUUCUGUUGGAGAGGAAGAAGAUGAAGGUGAAACUGGUUGGAUUGAAGGAGCUGCAAUCCUCUUGUCAGUAGUAUGUGUGGUGUUAGUGACGGCUUUCAAUGACUGGAGUAAGGAGAAACAGUUUAGAGGUUUGCAGAGUCGAAUUGAACAAGAACAGAAGUUCACAGUCAUCAGGGGUGGUCAGGUCAUUCAGAUACCUGUAGCUGACAUUAUUGUUGGAGAUAUUGCUCAAGUGAAAUAUGGUGAUCUCCUUCCAGCUGAUGGCAUACUUAUUCAAGGCAAUGAUCUUAAAAUUGAUGAAAGCUCAUUGACUGGUGAAUCUGAUCAUGUUAGAAAAUCUUUAGAUAAGGAUCCCUUACUUUUAUCAGGUACUCAUGUAAUGGAAGGCUCUGGAAGAAUGGUAGUUACUGCUGUAGGUAUAAAUUCUCAAACUGGAAUUAUCUUUACCUUACUUGGAGCUGGAGGUGAAGAGGAAGAGAAGAAAGAUGAGAAGAAAAAGGAAAAGAAAAAUAAGAAACAAGAUGGAGCUAUUGAGAAUCGCAACAAAGCAAAAGCCCAGGAUGGUGCAGCCAUGGAAAUGCAGCCUUUAAAGAGUGAAGAUGGUGGAGAUGGUGAUGAAAAAGACAAAAAGAAGUCACAUUUGCCAAAAAAGGAAAAAUCUGUUUUACAAGGGAAACUUACAAAGCUGGCUGUUCAGAUUGGCAAAGCAGGUUUGUUGAUGUCUGCCAUCACAGUUAUCAUUCUAGUGUUAUAUUUUGUAAUUGAUACAUUCUGGGUUCAGAAGAGACAAUGGCUUGCUGAGUGCACACCGAUUUAUAUACAAUAUUUUGUGAAGUUCUUCAUUAUUGGAGUUACGGUUUUAGUGGUAGCUGUGCCAGAAGGUCUUCCACUCGCAGUCACUAUCUCAUUGGCUUACUCAGUCAAGAAAAUGAUGAAAGAUAAUAACUUAGUAAGGCAUCUGGAUGCUUGUGAAACCAUGGGAAAUGCCACAGCCAUUUGCUCAGAUAAAACAGGAACAUUGACAAUGAACAGAAUGACAGUUGUUCAAGCUUAUAUAAAUGAAAAGCAUUACAAAAAGGUCCCUGAGCCGGAAGCUAUUCCACCAAAUAUCUUGUCUUAUCUUGUAACAGGAAUUUCAGUGAAUUGUGCUUAUACAUCAAAAAUACUGCCCCCAGAGAAAGAGGGUGGAUUACCUCGUCAUGUUGGUAAUAAAACUGAAUGUGCCUUGUUGGGAUUUCUUUUGGAUUUAAAACGGGAUUAUCAGGAUGUUAGAAAUGAAAUACCAGAAGAAUCACUGUACAAAGUCUACACCUUCAAUUCUGUUAGGAAGUCCAUGAGUACUGUCCUGAAAAAUUCUGAUGGAAGUUUUCGAAUAUUCAGCAAGGGUGCAUCUGAGAUAAUUCUGAAAAAGUGUUUCAAAAUCUUGAGUGCUAAUGGUGAGGCAAAAGUAUUCAGACCAAGGGACCGUGAUGAUAUUAUAAAAACUGUGAUUGAACCGAUGGCAUCAGAAGGCUUGAGAACCAUAUGUCUUGCAUUCAGAGAUUUCCCAGCAGGAGAACCAGAACCAGACUGGGAUAAUGAAAAUGACAUUGUCACCGGCCUUACAUGCAUUGCUGUUGUGGGGAUUGAAGAUCCAGUGAGACCGGAGGUACCAGAUGCAAUAAAAAAAUGUCAGAAGGCUGGAAUUACUGUGCGGAUGGUCACUGGUGAUAAUAUUAAUACUGCUCGGGCUAUUGCCAGCAAAUGUGGUAUUUUACACCCCGGGGAAGAUUUCCUAUGUAUAGAAGGUAAAGAUUUCAACAGAAGAAUACGAAAUGAAAAAGGAGAGAUUGAGCAAGAGCGGAUUGACAAGAUUUGGCCAAAGCUUCGAGUACUUGCAAGAUCAUCUCCUACAGACAAACAUACACUGGUUAAAGGUAUAAUUGACAGCACAGUCGCAGACCAGCGUCAGGUUGUAGCAGUAACUGGUGAUGGUACAAAUGAUGGUCCGGCACUGAAAAAAGCUGAUGUUGGAUUUGCAAUGGGCAUCGCUGGAACUGAUGUAGCUAAAGAAGCGUCUGAUAUCAUUCUCACAGAUGACAACUUUACAAGCAUUGUUAAAGCAGUUAUGUGGGGACGAAAUGUCUAUGACAGCAUCUCAAAAUUCCUUCAGUUCCAGCUUACUGUUAAUGUCGUAGCAGUGAUUGUUGCUUUCACAGGCGCCUGUAUUACUCAAGAUUCGCCACUUAAAGCUGUGCAGAUGCUGUGGGUGAACCUCAUAAUGGAUACUCUUGCUUCCCUGGCUCUGGCAACUGAACCCCCCACUGAAUCUCUCCUGCUUCGGAAACCUUAUGGUAGAAAUAAACCUCUCAUCUCACGCACGAUGAUGAAGAAUAUUUUGGGUCAUGCAUUCUAUCAACUGGUAGUAGUCUUUACCCUCUUGUUUGCUGGAGAAAAGUUUUUUGAUAUUGAUAGUGGAAGAAACGCUCCUUUGCAUGCUCCUCCUUCGGAACAUUACACUAUUGUUUUUAAUACAUUUGUGCUGAUGCAACUUUUCAACGAAAUAAAUGCCCGCAAAAUUCAUGGUGAAAGAAAUGUGUUUGAAGGAAUCUUUAAUAAUAUCAUCUUCUGCACAAUUGUGUUAGGCACUUUUGUGGUACAGAUAAUAAUUGUGCAGUUUGGUGGAAAGCCUUUCAGUUGUUCAGAACUUUCAAUAGAACAGUGGCUAUGGUCAGUAUUCCUAGGAAUGGGAACGUUACUCUGGGGCCAGCUUAUUUCAACAAUUCCAACUAGCCGUUUAAAAUUCCUAAAAGAAGCUGGUCAUGGAACCCAAAAGGAAGAAAUACCUGAGGAGGAGUUAGCAGAGGAUGUGGAAGAGAUUGAUCACGCUGAGAGGGAGUUGCGGCGUGGCCAGAUCUUGUGGUUUAGAGGUCUGAACCGAAUCCAGACGCAGAUUCGAGUGGUGAAUGCAUUUCGUAGUUCUUUAUAUGAAGGGUUAGAAAAACCGGAAUCAAGAAGUUCGAUUCACAACUUUAUGACACAUCCUGAGUUUAGGAUAGAAGAUUCAGAGCCUCAUAUCCCCCUUAUUGAUGACACUGAUGCUGAAGAUGAUGCUCCUACAAAACGUAACUCCAGUCCUCCACCCUCUCCCAACAAAAAUAACAAUGCUGUUGACAGCGGGAUUUACCUUACAAUAGAAAUGAACAAGUCUGCUACCUCUUCAUCCCCAGGAAGCCCACUACAUAGUUUGGAAACAUCACUCUGA